UGUGUGUUGGUGUUUCAGACCUGAACGAGGUCCCGGAGACAGAGCUUCUGGAUAACAGCAUCCAGAAGGGCCGCGCCCAGCUGUCCGUCAGGGCCCGGAGGCAGAGGCCCUCCCGGUCCCGCUACCGCGACAGCGUGAGCUCCACGGAGGGCGACGACAGCCUGGAGAGGAAGGAGAGUCCGUUACACUCCACUCACUCACCUCUCCACCUGGCCGUGCGAGGCUCCUCCCCCUCUCCUGAUUCGCUGCUGUCGGCUAGAAGCCCCGCCUUCUCCUUCGACGCCUCGCUGGUGCGCCGCUCCCCGGACCAUGAAGGCGUCUCAUUGGCUGCUCCUCCGAGGGGGCGGUACCGACAGCUGACCAAUGCCACGUCUCAGGAGGCGCUGGUGACGCCCAGCAGCCCCCCCUCCUCCAGGUCCUGCCCCCCCACAGACUGCCCCCGCGUCUACAUGAGGAGGAGCAGGAGGCCGGACAGCGAGGGUACACCUGUACACACACCU